UCCCUGCGCUGCCCCAGCCCCUGUGCAUGGGCUGCCGCUGCUUCCCCCUCUGAUACAUGGCUGGCUGGCUGGACUUGUUACAGUGUCACAUCCUCCCCGCCAGCUGCAGCACCAACUUCCCCCCCAGCUAGUCUCCUCCUGCCCGGGGCUGCUGCAAAGUGAUGGGAUAGAGCAAAGCCACUCCAGCACCUGGGCUCCUAUUUAUUACAGUCUGUCUCCCUGUCCUAUUCCUUGGUUGUUCUUCUUCCUCUCUUCCUUUUCCCUUCUUUAUUUUAUUCCUCCCUUCCCCCUUGUCUUGGAGCCUAGAUUUGUUGAGUUCUUCUGGAAAGGAUAUAUGUUGGGGAAAGGAGGAAAGCGGAAGUUUGACGAGCAUGAAGAUGGGCUGGAAGGCAAAGUGGUGUCUCCUACUGACGGUCCAUCUAAGGUGUCUUACACCUUACAGCGCCAGACUAUCUUCAACAUUUCCCUUAUGAAACUUUAUAACCACAGGCCAUUAACAGAGCCAAGCUUGCAAAAGACAGUUUUAAUUAACAACAUGCUGAGGCGAAUCCAGGAGGAACUCAAACAAGAAGGCAGCUUGAGGCCUGUGUUCAUCACCACUUCACAGCCUACUGACCCUCUGGGUGACAGCUUUCGAGAGGCUCAACCUGCGUUCAGUCAUCUUGCCUCUCAGCCAGUUCACCCCACUGACUUAGUAAGCACUACACCAUUAGAGUCUUGCCUCACCCCAGCCUCUUUGCUUGAGGAUGACACUUUUUGCACUUCCCAGACUGUCCAACAUGAUGGUCCUACAAAACUACCACCUCCAGCUGUCCAACCGGUAAAAGACAGUUUCUCCUCGGCCUUGGACGAAAUUGAGGAGCUCUGUCCAACAUCUACCUCUACCGAGGCAGUAGUAGUAGCAACAGAAGCAGCAGCAACAACGGAUGACUCUAAAGAUAACUCCAGUGAGUCUAAUGUUCAAAAGUCUGAGGGAGUCCAAGAGAGCAGAACAAGUGAAUCAAAACUCAUGGACUCUUUACCCGGCAAUUUUGAGAUAACAACUUCCACAGGUUUCCUUACAGACUUGACCUUGGAUGAUAUUCUGUUUGCUGACAUUGACACAUCUAUGUAUGAUUUUGACCCUUGCACAUCUGCUACAGGGGCUGCCUCAAAAAUGGCUCCUGUCUCAGCAGAUGAUCUCCUAAAAACUCUUGCCCCCUAUAGCAGUCAACCAGUAACCCCAAAUCAGCCUUUCAAAAUGGACCUCACAGAACUGGAUCACAUAAUGGAGCAGCUUCCAUUCCUUGUAAGAGAACAAUCCUGCCACAGACUCUGCAACUUUUGUAACUGGAACACCCAAGGAACCAUGGCUACAACAAGGUGUAUCAAUCUGUAUACAGAAACCUAAAGCCAUGCAAUAAUGUUGAUUGUUCAGAACAAUAACAUGGUAAGCAGUUGAUUAUCGUUGUUCUAAGUUAUUGUAAAUCAGUUCUUAACAACUGCCCUUUCUUUGGAUUAGUUAAUUGUGUUUUUAGACAAGCACCAUAUGUUAAGCAACAGUUCAAAUAAACGCCAUUUUCAGAGCAGUGAACUGUUGUUUAAAAGUGGUUGUUUGAAGUCUCUUUGUAUUUGCAGACCAGGAGAAAGAAUCUCAAAAUACUCUUUACCACUCAAAAGAAAUCUGUGUAUUCUUGGUAAUAAAGUAGGGAAAUCCUUAAUAAUAGAGUACUUAAAGGAAAUUGGCAGGAGAUACACAAAGAGCAAAACACCUGAUUUAUAAAAUUAGGCAAAAGGUCGGUAAUUCUUAUUUUGAACUGUAACCUUUAAUUCUAUAGAUUGAAAUGCUUGUUGGAAUCUUCUGCUUUGGCAGUAACUUUCUUUCUAUAGCAUGGCCUUCUUGCAAAGGUCUGAGUAUAACAGUCAAGAUAAGAAUUCUUUAUAAAAGAUGAAUACCCAGGUGAUGUAUAUUGACAAUGAUGUGCAAUGAAGUGACAAGAUGGGAGCAGAAUAAAAGAGCUUUGGAUUUGAAGUGAUUUUUUCGUAAGUUAUUUAUUCCUUUUUUUCAUUGUAAAUAUAUUUAUUUUAUUGUGAAGCUAACAACAUCUGGAUUGUAACAUGUACAGAAUGUAUGGUAGGAAUGUAUUCUCUUGUAGGAAUGUAAAUCUGUAUGGAAAGGGGAUGGAAGCCUGAUUCAGAGAAAAUGCAUUGGGUUCUAUUCAGGAUAUGCACGGUUCACAUUAAUUUCCCCCUCCACACACACUCUUUUCCAACAUGGGUCUGGUUGUUUGAAAUAUGCAAAAAGUAUGGAUGAGGGAGACUUUAAUACUCAAAAUUAGUCCUAAAAAUCAGACUUGUCAUGCGUCAGUUCCUUUAAAGGGGCCUGCUCUUGCGCCCUUUAAAGUCAGAUGGAGUCUUGAGUAGAAGCAGCAGCAAGGUCAGCAUACCACCGCUGUUCCUUUAGGGGUUGAUCUUGUAAAUGCACGAGGAAGGGCAGGUCUACGCUACCGCUUAAGUCAAUCUAACUUGUGUCGUUCAGGGGUGUGAAAAAGCCUCCCCCCCGGGCAACGCAAGUUUCGCUCUGUCCGGACCAGCACUAUAUCGGUGGGAGACACACUCCCACUGACGUAGCUUUGGCGUCUCACCGAGGUGGAGUAAUUCUCAUUGGGAGAGCGCUCUCCCAACAGCAAAGCACGUCUUCACCAGACGCGCUACAGCGGCGCAGCUGCAUUGGUGCAGCUGCGCUGAUACAGCACUGCAGUGUAGACUUGCCUUAAAUCUUUACUCAUGCAGGCAGUCCCCGUGAAGUCUGUGGGGCUAUAUGAGUAAGAGUUUGCAGGGUGGUGCCCUUACUCCAGAAAGUGCAACAGAACUGACACUGCAUUUGUGCAAACUGGUAAGAUGCAGACAAAAAGUGGUAAAUGUACUUUCCAAGUGCACCAUGUCUUUUUGCAUGGGUUUUGAUUUUACUGUUGCUUAUUGGGCCUGAUCAGGCAGUCCUUGCUCAUACGUAAUUCACGUAGUUCUCAGUGGGAAUUUUGCCAGCAAUACAGGAUUGGGCCCCAAUAACAGUCCCUGCUCAGAGUCCUAGUGGACUGUACAUAUCUGUAUGCAAAGCAAGGAGAGAUUCCUUUUAAAAGAAACUUCGAGGAGCAGUAAAGUAUUACAAAUUAAAGACAUCUGUCUAUUCAUGUUCCUCGCAGUGAGCUACAAAAUAAGAUGAUCGAGACGCCACCUGAAAUGCCCAGUGUGAGAAUAAACUCUUAGCUUGUGCUGCAGCCAUUGUAGUUUUCUCCCUGCUGUAUGUUAAUCGCCUUCAGUGUUGUGAUUCCAAAGUUUACAGGUUCUUCAAAAACUAAAUGAGCAAAUUGUAAUGGUUCCUGCCUGAGAAAUGGGUUCAUUCACUCCGAAGAGGCGUGAACAUUGAUUUAAUUUUGAACAGAUUUCGGCAUCCUGCUCUUGUGAAAGUUGCUUUCAGUGCUUACGUUAAUGAGUCUGAAUGUUUCUCAGAAAUUAGUUCAUUUUAAGCUUCCCCUCCCCCCUCUUUCAGGAAAUAGGCCUAAUGCAAAUUCUGAAAUCCUUUUUUAAAAAAACAAAAACUUUUUAGAGGGUUAACAAUGUAAUCCAUGCUAGAAUCUGUAAAGGCAGAGAUUCUGGAAAAGGUGUAUAUAUAUAUAGUGUGACAUGUUCAGUGCAUGGUGGUUGAACAGGGCUUGUUAUUGUCAAAAAGAAGGCUGUAUUUUUUUUUCCCCCACAGACCUUAGCGCUGUGCCUUUUCUAUGCAAUAUUACAGACAUAUACAUUUGAACCCAGAUUACUGUAUUCACAUGUAGGUAUGGGCUGUAAUCAAAACAAUUGGACAAAUGUACAUGGAAAUGAGCAGUCUUACUUUUGUAGUUUUAUAUUAUACAAUAAACAA